CUAACGGAAACCUAGACCACAAUCCAUUCUCUAAAUCAACAGUGACACUUUUAAAACAGUAGAACUCAACAUUUUCUAGAAUCAAAAUUUUCAUUAUUGCCAUCUUCGAACAAUUAUCUCAUCAACUUAUCCAUGGAACUCUAUAAAACUGAUACAAAUUCCUGAAUGCAGAAAGAAAACCCUCCAAUUUCUGGGUAUAAUUUGAAUUUGAAUUUUGAAUUUCAGAAUGUCGUUGAGGAUUAAAACCGUGGUGGAUAAGUUUGUGCAAGAGUUAAAGGAAGCUUUGGAAGCUGAUAUACAAGAUCGAAUUAUGAAGGAGAGGGAAAUGCAGAGCUAUAUUGAAGAACGUGAACGUGAAGUUGCUGAACGUGAAGCUGCUUGGAAAGCUGAACUUUCUCGUCGUGAGGCUGAGAUUGCUCGUCAAGAGGCAAGACUAAAGAUGGAGAGGGAAAAUCUGGAGAAGGAAAAGAGUGUUCUGAUGGGAACUGCAUCAAAUCAAGAUAAUCAGGAUGGAGCACUGGAAAUCACAGUCAGUGGAGAAAAGUAUCGAUGCCUGAGAUUCUCAAAGACUAAGAAAUGACAAUCUAGUUGAAAGUGCCACAAGUUUUGGCUCUAAUAAUGCAUUCAUGCUAUCUGAUUGAGCAGAGAUGGCUCUAAGCAUGUGUAAAGUGUCCGACAACACAGAACCCUUUAAAUUUAGGAGUCUCAAAUAUUAAUUGUUAUUAGUUACAUUACUUUUGCUUUAGUUUAAUUAUUUGUUAUUAGACCUUAAAUUUUCAAAAAAUGUAAAAUAAAUAACGCCUUAAAAUUGACGGUGUAUUUUUGUUCUGCCCAUGUGAUAAGCUGCUCAUGUUGCUUUUGGUAGAGCAAAUUUCUAUUCAUGUUAGAUAUUGUUCUUGUACAUGGUAGCAUCUACAGAGUACUUGCAACAGUUGUGCCAUUAGAUUAAAUUGAACAAAUGGCUUGUAGUUUGUGAAAG